AUGCGCGCCGAGCUCCACCUCGCCGGAACACGCAAACACCGCCCAUCAUCUUCCGCCCCGAUUCCGACCACGCCUGUGAGCCGCAGUCGCAGCUCGCUCCCGCCAGACACGGAGCAUAUAUCGGCUAGCCGUGAUUUACUGAAACCUGUACGUUCUACUGUUACCGCCCGCCGUGAGCCGGUGCCCGCAGACGCUCUCACAGUCGAGUCGCCACCUGUUGCCCCCGGCAGCCCAAAGGCAAUUCCGCUGCUCGUGGUACCGUCCCCCCUCCGCACCCCGCCGCCGCUGGCGCAACACUCGUGCGCGGCCCGUGAGGGCUCUUCGCCACCGCGCUACCCCCCCUGUCCCCCUAGCCCGCCCCUGCGGGCCACCAGCCGAAAAAGUAACCCGCCGACAGAGGAUAUGACUACUUGCCAUCUCCACGAACAACCAGCCAUGGGAAGACGCCCGGUCAACCGGACUUCAACGCUUCAGGCAAUAAUCACACCCGAGGAACCGGCCCGCUUGCCGGAGGACGCGGAUAAGCCGUCUGGCGGCUGCAGCAAGCCUGAGCCGCCUGCGGCCGAUAGCCUGCCUGUGCGCCUGCCAGGCACGCCCGAAGCGCCCGCGCACCUGCUGGGUGCCACCAAGGACCUUAAGAUGCAUAUCAUUCGUGUCAUGGACAAGCUCAAGGCCGGCGAUCAGCAGGAGCUUCCCCGCGAAGAGCUGCUGGCCGUCCUCGACUGCUCGCUCUCUGCCAUCUCACACUGGUCGCUGCAGGCCCAGCUGGCUCAGCUGUCACAAAGCAAGAGCGUGUGGGACUCGCGCCUGCUCGUGGAGAACAACCUAAUCAAGAAGGAAGCCGAAUUCUUCAAAAAGCGCCUAGAGCAGGCGGGCCGCUCUGCGGGCACGGAGCCGGCGUCUGCGGGCCGCGUCGCGAAGCGCCCGCUCGCGCAGACGCCGCGCAAGCGUCAGGCGCUGCUGGACUCGCCUCAGGGCUACAAGCUGGUAGAGAACACGAAGCCGCAUCCGCGGAUGCGCCGCCAUAUGGACAAUCCUUCUACCAGCGGCUUUGUGCGGGUCUUCCAUUUGGAGAGACUGUAA